CAGCACUGCCACAACCUCACGUCGUCACGCUUGCAUCGGUCGUCCAUUUUUCGUGAGAAUCCGACAGAAAACUGAAAAUUACAUCGCAAAAGACAGAAAAUUUACAAAUCAAAUACUUUAAAUAAGUUGUAAACAGCUUAGCACAGUGCAUUUCAGUGGCCUUUGAAAUACUGCUCAACUCAAUAAGCAAUAGCAAUACAUAUAGUUUUACGAUUGAACUAAAAAAGUUCGUGCGUUUUGAACAAUAAAAAAGUAAAUAAAGCGCGUGUGAAGUGGUGCAGAAAUUAAAGCGGAAGCAAAUACAAAUUAACUGAACGCUUCCAAACGAACUGUGUGGCAAUAAUAAGCAAAAACAACCAAUUUUACUAACUACUAGCACUUAAAGUAUAUAUAUAUUUAUACAUAUAUAUAUAGACGAGUUAUCAUAGCUAUGGCAUGUGCAACACUUAAACGCGCCUUGGAUUGGGAGUCGCUUAAUCAGCGGCCAACAAAACGCCGACGCUGCACUCCCUAUGGACAAUCCGGGGGAAGUUCUCCCUCACGCGGUGGUAAUAAUGAUGGCACUAAUGCCAGUUCCAGCUCCUCGAUGCCCAGCAAUCGCUAUGCCAAAGACAGCACUGAGCCCAGUCCCUUCUCGGAAUCGGCAUUGGCCAAGAUGUCGCCAGAUAAAAUGGCUGAGAAUUUGUGCAAUGAAAUCAAAAGACUGCACAAGCGCAAACAGUUGCCAAUCACAUCGUCGGCUUUGGAGCGUAUGCAGGACUCGGAAUCGAGUGGUUCCGAAAUGGGACCAGAGAGUCCGCAUCGCCCGGACAGCCCACCGAGUCACUUGAUGCGACAUCCCAACGAGAAGGCGCUGUUCACAUUCAAACAGGUGCAGCUCAUAUGCGAGGGCAUGAUCAAGGAGCGUGAAGAUCAGCUGCGUGAACGCUACGAGUCCGUGCUCACCACCAAAUUGGCCGAGCAAUAUGAUGCCUUUGUGAAAUUCACAUACGAUCAGAUCCAGCGUCGUUAUGAGGCAGCGCCCAGCUAUUUGUCGUAAGGCAGACUACUCUCAAAUUAAAUGCACUACGAUCUUAUGUGACGGUGUUUCAAACCGCAACAACAACAGCAGCAAAUGCAAAAAAAAAAAACAAAAAAAAAAAAUGAAAACAACAUAGAAGCCCUCAUUUAAACAAACAACUACAUAUUGUUUAUUAUAUAUUUUGAAAUUUGAAAGAGUUAUAGUUUAACUAGAAUUACAUAUAUAAAUUGUAUUGAAAAAAAAACAACAAAAAAAUAAGGAGAAUACUUUAAAAGCUUGUGCGCAGAGCAUAAAGCAAGCAACAACAAAAACAACAAAAAACAUAACAAAACUUGUUAAAUUUACGUUUUCACAUAACGCAAAUUCUAAAUUAAAAUGACAAAUAUCUAUAUAAUAGUACAUAUUGAACACUAUGUACGCAGAAGAACGCUAAUAUACAAAACGACAAACAAACAACAAGCACACGCUGCAAAAGGUGCAACAACAAACAAACAACUCAUAUACACAUACACAUCUAUAAACAAAAAGAAAACACACAAUUCAAUGAAACCUCAACAGUAGCUUCGUAUAUAUAAUAAUAAAUAAACAAACAGAAAUGCAUAACAAAUUGGUAAAUAAUAUAUAUGUUAGGUACAUAUAGCAAUAAGGUAUAAUGUAAAACGUAUCAAAACUAUAUUGUAUUUCAAAAUAGCAAUGCGUUGAGACGAGAUAUGAGAACUAAAAACAAAACGUAAAUGCAUAAAUAUUAAAGAAUGAACGAAAGAGAAAAA